AUGUUGUUUGAACAGAAGACGGAAUUCAUGUCAGAUUCGCAGAAAGGAAAUGUGCGUGUUGGGACUGCCGAGCUGCUGGAAAUGCUUCGCGCGGAAGAACCUGAAUCGGAUUUCAGUUUUUGUCUUGGAGCUGACACUUUCGCCGACCUCACUUCCUUGAAAUGGAAAAGGAGUUUAGAUGUGCUGAGGCUUCUUGAAGGGCGGUUGGUUGUUUUCUCUAGAAAGGGAAGUAACGCUAUUACGAAAGAGCAAAUCGAGUUAUUAAAUCAGCGACAGCACAUAGACGCGAAGCUUCUUGAAGUAAACACACUGACUGAUGUGUCUUCGUCCAUGAUACGAGCCUGCAAAGAUGACAAAAUACUUCGAACAUCAUUGUCACCAAGUGUUUUGGAAUACAUGAAGGAGCAUCGCCUAUUCGCAUUUGCCCCCCAAAGCUCGGACAUUGAUUAG